CAUUGAUUCGAUUGUCCAUUCUAUUGUAAUCUGAAACAAAUCGAUAGUACGCUGUAACCUACGAACCAUCAAACUUACACUUGCAUGGCUUCCUGAAUAGAAAAAAUUCUGAUUCAACUCAAAAAUUGACAUUGCCAGUCAGAGAAGUUUCGAUCAUCCAUCCAUCCAGUUACAACGAAUCGAAGAAAACCCCUUUUCACUCUGGAAAUAUGAAUUAUUUCGUGUUGCUGUUUCGAUUAGUGCCGUUCCUGGCAAUGACCAACGCAACUCUAUUCAAAGUUACGUCAGAGAUAUACAUGGAUUUUGCUAUAAAUCAUGAGCCAAUCGGUCGUUUGGUUUUCGGAUUAUUUGAGGAGGAAGCACCGAAAACGGUUAAAAAUUUUCGCGAAAUUUGUGUGAAUGGAAUCGAUGGGCAAACGUAUGCUGGUAGUAGUAUACAUCGGGUUAUCGACAAAUUUAUCGUACAGGGUGGAGACAUUGUUUCCGGUGAUGGACUCGGCUCUGUGAGCAUUUAUGGAAAAUAUUUCGAAGACGAAAAUUUGGAAAUCAAUCAUACUGGGCCAGGAUUUAUAGGCAUGGCUAAUCGUGGUCCUGAUACAAAUGGAUGCCAGUUUUAUAUUACCACGAUGGCAGCACCAUGGCUAAACGGUAAGCAUACGAUUUUCGGUAAAGUGGUUCGCGGCCAUGGUAACGUACACAAAAUGGAGAAGGUAAAAACUGACAUGGACGAUUUCCCGGUUAAGCCAAUCGAAAUUUUGAGCUGUGGCAUUGAACCAAUUGAUUCACCGUACACGAUAUCAGAUGAAGCCUAUGAUGUUGCAGCUUGGCUCCGAGCAUCAGCCGUUCCGUUGGGAAUGAGUUUUUCGAUAUUAGCACUGUUCCAUUACAUAAUUCGUAAAUUAAACAAAUACAUUGGAGAUUAACGCUAAACUUAAAUCCGAAUUUAGUUUUUAUUCACAUUUUUCAAAAAAUAUUUUCACAAAUUUUCUUCAUUUUUUUUGAUUUUAAAUUAAAUAAAAGAGACGUGAAAUGAUAGAAGAACGAAAGAGGCACUCACAUAAUGAUCUAAUCUUUGCUGCGUUAGAUACCAAGACCAUAUA